UUCAUAUAUUCUUAUUGAGAUCAAGUCUCUUAACCCUGUUAUCCCCCGGGCACUUAAAUGAAGGAAAAUUACAGUGCCGAAUGAUGCUAUUGCUUUGCAGAAAUAGUUUUCAAUAGAUGCAUUUUAUUUAGCUUUCAGCAAUUUUAAUACUUUGCCUUAUUUUUUGUUAUUUUAAUGUUUGAAAAAUUAUGGGAACUAGGAUUUAUCUUUCUCAGAUUAUCUUUUCAGAUUAUUCUCAUUACCCCCUAAUAUAUCAUUUGCCUUCUGUACAUCUUUAAAUUUCUUUUUUAUUUGUUAUUUUUCAAUUUACUAUUUAAAAAUAGCUUUGAUUUCUUUUUGGAAGAAAUUUUCAUCAUGGCUUAGUAAAAAUUGAAUAAUCUGCUAGUUUAUCUAAUACUGAUACAAGUUUUAGUAUGGUUUGUUUCCUAAAAAGUCACACAGUUUUUCUGAUAUUGUCGACCAGUACUAACAGUUGUGAUUUCAGAAUUAAGCUACUCCAUAUUCUCAUCUGAAUCAUCAUGGAAGGCAAGGUCAGUGCAUUUAGUGUGUUUGAAAGAAAAUGUGAGAUUCAUGGGAAACAUCAUUAUGUUUAAUACGAAAUAAUACAUUUCUAUAUCUAUCUAAAUGUAUCCAUUAUCUACCUUCUAUGUAUGUAUGAAAGAUAAACAGAGAAAUUUAAGAUAUAUUCAGUUCAGGCUAGAACCUACUGUGAUACCUUGUCAGCUUUGUUCCUUUUAAGGCAACGGAAUAUAUUAAUAGACAAUGAUAAUUUUCUAUAAACAAAAAUGCUUUCACCUUUUCAUUCUUUCUUCCCCUCCCCUCCCUGGGACACCUGUUUUUAAUGUAUCUUUAGUUUUGCUCUUUCCAGAAUAUCACUUAGUUGUUACAAAAUUAGAGUGUUUUAUAUUAUUAUAAAUCAUAGUUUUAUCUUAUAGCCUUUACAGAGUUGUUCCUUUCACUUAAGUAAUUUCACUAAGUAAUAUGCAUUCUAAUUUCCUGCGUGGGUUUUUUGUAACUUAAUAUAUUUAUUUUAGCAAAUAUAUACUUUAAAUACAAAACAACAGAUAUUAAAAAACCUAAAAGUAUUUCCUGCUUAUAAGUAACAAAUUAUCUUUAUAAAGGUAUUCAAAAAAGUUGGGUCACAUCCAGCUAUGACUAGAGAAUUCCCACUUAAUGCUUGGAGGUCAAUCCUGGCAAUGCACGGGGAACCCUGUAGUGCAGGGGUUUGAAUGUGGCCUCCUGCAUGCAAAGCAUGUUCUCAGCGUAUAUCCCCAUCCUGGGAAAGGCAUUUAAAAGAUAACUGGAAAUACCCCUAUUUGCUAGGUAUUUAUUAAUAUGAAAUGUUAGGUUUAGAGAUCAUUGAAUUGAGAUUUUGCAAAAUGACGUUCAUAUGUUUCAAAAGAUACUGGCAUGUUCAAAAGGAAAAAUUGCUCAGCUACUUUGAGAGGUUUUCAUGCAGUCAAGAAACAUCAAAUUUCUGGGAAACAUGGAGUGAAACAGUGCAACAGAUGGCUAUGAGAGAAUACUUCAGCAUCCACAAGAAAUUUCUCCUUUGAAUUCUGUCCCAUUCCUGGGUGUCUACUCCUUUCCAUUGGGCUUGAGUGUGAGGAUAACAAUCUAACCACCACCCAGAAGUGUGUUAGCCCACGACUGGAAGAAACACUGGGAAUUGCCAAAUCAAACCUUUCACCAGAGGACUGGAGUUCUGUUUCCACUUCCCAUUUCAGUAGGUGCUUUUUUUUUUCAAGUUUAAAAACUGGAAACAGGAAUGGACAAUUUUUCAUGCUUGCUACAUGGUAAUAGAUGCAAUGAAAAUACUUUCAAAACACAGAUAAGGCUUUGGCAUAUUGAGAGCCACUAUUUGCAACUUUGCAAGUAUUCCAUUUAGAUUGUCACCUGUCUGAGAGGAACAGAAUUUUCCUAGUUUGGAGGAAAAAACUAAGCACUGGGAAAGAACGCAGGGUGGCGCUGCAGCCUUAGAAGUUGACGAAAGAAAGGAACAUGCCCAGGCUCCUUUAAACAAAUGCUCUGUUGGAGAGGUGGGGGGGAAGAUCCUGGCAGGAAGGCGAGUCUUUUUUAAACCGGUCACCCCAAGAAAUUGGAGCCUUAGGCAACUCCACAUAUAUUGCAUCUGCAAGAUUCUAGUACACAGAGUCAGCGACCACGCCAGAACAAACAGAUCCGGUUUGCUGCAGACCCCAAAGUGAUGGAGGCUGGAGGGAAAAAGGAAUGCGUUCGGAAACAAAGGCAAGUCCUAAUACUCUUUCUUUGUCUGGGCGUAGCUCAUGCUGGUUCUCAGCCUAGGCUUUAUUUAGUGUCUGAGGAGAUGGAGAGUGGCUCCUUUGUGACCAAUUUGUUAGAAGAUCUGGGGUUGGAGGUAGAUGCUAUAACUACACGGGCCCCCCGCGUCAUUUCCAAAGGGAAAAAAAUGCAUUUGCAGUUGGAUGCACAGACCGGGGAUUUGUUGUUAAAUGAGAAACUGGACCGGGAGGAACUGUGUGGCCGGAUUGAGCCCUGUGUACUACCUUUCCAGGUGUUGUUGGAAAAUCCCUUGCAGUUUUUUCAAGCCGAGCUACAGAUUAGGGAUAUAAAUGAUCAUUCCCCGGUUUUCCUAGACCAAGAAAUAACUUUGAAAAUAUCAGAAAGUAUCGUGCCUGGAACUACUUUCUUAAUAGAACAUGCACAGGACUUAGAUGUAGGAAGCAACAGUCUCAAAAGUUAUACAGUCAGCCCCAAUUCCUAUUUUCAUCUUAAAUUACAAGAAAGUCCCGACGGCAUAAUUUUACCACAGUUGGUUCUGGACAAAACAUUAGAUCGAGAGCAUCAGCCUGAAAUCAGAUUAAUCCUCACUGCGAUCGAUGGCGGUUCGCCCCCCAGGUCUGGCACUGCUCUAGUCCGUGUUGAAGUUUUGGACAUCAAUGAUAAUACCCCUGAGUUUGCAAAGCUGCUUUAUGAGGUGCAGAUCCCAGAAAACAGCCCCAUUGGAUCCCAGGUUGCCACUGUCUCUGCUAGGGAUUUGGACAUGGGAGUGUAUGGAGAAAUAUCUUAUGUAUUUUUUCAAGCCUCUGAAGACAUUCGCAAAACGUUUAGAAUAAAUGGAAAAUCAGGAGAGCUCCUUUUAAUACAGGAACUGGAUUUUGAAUUCAUUCAGAGUUACACAGUAAAUAUUCAGGCCAUAGAUGGUGGGGGACUUUCUGGAAGUUGUGUAGUGUUUGUCCAAGUGAUGGACCUGAAUGACAACCCACCAGAACUGACCAUAUCAACACUUAACACGGAGAUACCAGAAAACUUGCAGGAGACCGUAAUUGCUGUGUUCAGUGUUUCAGAUCCUGACUCUGGAGACAAUGGAAGGACUGUAUGCUCCAUCCAAGAGGAUCUUCCUUUCUUUCUUAAACCAUCCGUUGAAAAUUUUUACACUCUAAUGACAAACACAGCUUUGGACCGAGAAAGUCAGGCGGAGUACAACAUCACCAUCACGGUGACAGACAUGGGCACCCCCAGGCUGCAAACACAGCACACCAUCACAGUGCGGGUCUCCGACGUGAAUGACAACGCCCCCACCUUCAGCCAGCCCUCCUACACCCUGCUAGUGGGCGAGAACAACAGCCCCGCCCUGCACAUAGGCAGCGUGAGCGCCACCGACCCAGAUGAGGGCAGCAACGCCCAGGUGACCUACUCGCUGCUGCCGCCCCAAGACCCGCAGCUGCCGCUCGCCUCGCUGGUGUCCAUCAACGCCGACAACGGGCAGCUGUUCGCGCUGCGCUCGCUGGACUUCGAGGCCGUGCGCGCCUUCGAGUUCGGCGUGGGCGCGUGGGACCGCGGCUCGCCCGCGCUCGGUAGCCAGGCGCGCGUGCGCGUGCUGGUGCUGGACCGCAACGACAACGCACCCUUCGUGCUGUACCCGCUGCAGAACGCGUCGGCGCCCUGCAGCGAGCUGGUGCCCAGGGCGGCAGAGGCGGGCUACCUGGUGACCAAGGUGGUGGCGGUGGACGGCGACUCGGGCCAGAACGCCUGGCUGUCGUUCCAGCUGCUCAAGGCCACGGAGCCCGGGCUCUUCAGCGUGUGGGCGCACAAUGGCGAGGUGCGCACCGCGCGGCCGCUCAGCGAGCGCGACGCGCCCAAGCACAGGCUGCUGGUGCUGGUCAAGGACAAUGGCGAGCCGCCGCUGUCGGCCAGCGUCACGCUGCACGUGCUGCUGGUGGACGGCUUCUCGCAGCCCUUCCUGCCGCUGCCCGACGCGCCUGCCGACGCGCCUGCGGACGACCGCCUCACCGUCUACCUGGUGGUGGCCUUGGCCUGCGUGUCGUCGCUCUUCCUCUUCUCCGUGCUGGCCUUCGUGGCUGUGCGCCUGUGCAGACGACCUGGCCCUCCCGCGGGGGGCCCCUACCCGCUGCCCGACGCGCACUUCCCGGGACAUCUGCUGGACGUCAGUGGCUCUGGGACCCUGUCGCACAGCUACCAGUAUGAGGUGUGUCUGGCGGGGGGCGCUGGCACCAAUGAGUUCAAGUUCCUCAAGCCUAUUUUCCCCAAUAUUCUAUGUCAGGACCUUGGGAAGGAGUCAGAGGGAAAUCCAACUUUAGAGGAUAGUUUAGGUAUUUGAAACUAACUCUGUGUAUAAAAUACUUUAGUCUCAUUUUCCUUCACCUUUCUUAAUAUACUAGUAAUCUUUAGUUCUAUUUGGCUUUCUCUUUACCAUAUUGCUUAGUAUUGCUACACUACUUUGUUGACCUCAUUGCUGUGGUGUGAUUAUUUUGUUAGUAAAAUUUUUAUAUUAAAUAAUUUAUUUCUAAUUCAAAUUUUAGUAGUUAUUGCCAAGAAUAUGAACUGCUCAAGCUUAACAAAUAUAAUUUUUAAAUACUUAAUUACAUGACACUACAUAUGUUUCAUUCCUUUUAUUGUACUAUAUUGUAAAAUAUUAAAAAUCUUUUUAUUUGGGGCUGUAGCGAUAGCACUGCAGGUAGGGUGUUUGCCUUUCAUGGGGCUACGCCGGGUUCAAUUUCCAGCAUCCCAUGUGGUCCCCAAGCACCACCAAGAGUAAUUCCUGAGUGCAGAGCCAGGAGUAACCUCUGUGCAUUGCCAGGUGUGACCCAAAAAGCAAAAAAAAUAAAUAAAAAUAAACCUUAUAAUUUAUAUUAUUUACACAAAUAUUACUUUUCUAUAUAUUUUGGUGGAAUCAAUUUGCGUUUACCUAUAUCCAGUUUAUUUCAAGCUGUUUGAUUACUCCUAUGAAAAGGCAAGAGUAUGAGUAAAUUUUGCCAUUUAUUUUUAAAUCACUUUUUUAAUCAGUAGACAUUUGUCUAAAACACAUGUUAUCUCAAAAUAAGUGUCUAUAUACUAUUAUAAAUUAAUGCUGGAUAAAAUGUGGGACUUCUUUACAUCUAACUGAAAUAAGGAUUCUGAUAAGUAUAGUAGACAGACUUUGUGAUACCCAGGUUACUCUGCUUAUACUGGUCCUAUAUAUUCAAAAGGUUCAUAUAUUCUAUGAGCAAGUAACACAUUUUUGCAUUGUUAUAUUUAUUUCAAGGAAAUUCACAAAUGAGCUCAGAUUUUGAAUCUAGAAAAACUUUUGAUAGGACAAGUCUUUGGAAAAUGCAGUUUUCUGGCUGAUAAGGGUUUAUAAAUAAAAUAUACCAUUAAAUUAUCAUUAGCUAACCAAGAAGAAUUACUAAAAGGGAGUGGGGGUGAAUUUAGAUAAUCUGAACAAUCAGCUCUGUUUUCAGGACUCCUUUGUAUCUAGAGACCUUUAUUUUGAAGAUACUAUAGGUACUGUGGUUGAAUAAUAACCCUCUUUAAAAAUCCACCUAUUGUGGUCAGAGAGAUAGUACAGCAGGCAAGGCAAUUGCCUGGCACAUAGUUGAUCUGGUUUUGAUCUCCAUAUGGUCCCCAAACAAUGCUAGGGAUCUGAUCCCUGUGGCCCCAAAACAAAACAAGAAACAAAAAAUAUCCACGGCAUAAUCUCUGAAACUUCUGGAUAUGUUAUGUUAUAAUACAAAGGGGAAUUAAGGUUCAGAUGGAAUUAAGGUUGUUAUAUUUAUCUACCCUUAAAAUGGACUGGAGCGAUAGCACAGCGGGUAGGGCGUUUGCCUUGCACACGGCUGACCUGGAUUCGAUUUCUCCAUCCCUCUUGGAGAGCCCAGCAAACUACUAAGAGUAUCCCGCCCACAUGGCAGAGACUGGCAAGCUCCCCAUGGCGUAUUCAGUAUGCCAAAAACAGUAACAACAAGUCUCACAAUGGAGAUGUUACUAGUGCCUGCUCGAGCAAAUUAACGAGCAAUGGGAAAACAGUGACAUACCCUUAAAAUAGGGAGAAAAUCUUAAGAUGAUAUUAGUGAACCUGAUUACAUCACUUAAUUUAGCAGAGUUGAUUUCCCCUGACAUGAAAAAGUUCUACCUGUGAGUAUAUCUGUGAGUACCAGGUUCAGCUUGUGUCCCAGAGUUUCAGCUGUCUUUUAUAGUUAUCUUCUGUACAGGUUUUGGACUUGCAUAGACAGCUCACACAAUUUAGUAAUUCAUUUCCUUUACAUAAAUCUCCAACCCCUCCUCUCUCUUUCCACACACACAUAAAUAUAUAUGUAUAUAUGUCUCUCUCUUUAUAUAUAUAUAUAUAUACCCUGUUUUUUCUCUGAUUGAACCUUGAAUUGUAUGAUAGAUUUGAAUUAAGUUUUUGCUAAAAACUAAAAAAUAAGUUUUAUAAGAACAAUAGGAUCAGAGAGAUGUGAAGCAAACACUUUUCAUAAGAAGCCACAUACUUGAUUACUGGCAUAAUAUGGUCCUUGCCAUAUGGUAAUUUCAAAGCACAAGUCAUCUGUUGCCCCCAGCACUGACAAAAAAGGUGGAGGAGAAAAAAUACUUAGCUGGAAAUAUGUAUCUCAUGAAAAUAGUAAGGGUAGAGAUUAAAAUCAUGGUCUUGAUAGCAGUAAGUUUUUUCAUUAAGAGAUUUUUUUUUUGGUUUUUGUUUUUUGUUUGCUCUUUAGGUCACACCUGGCGAUUCACAGGGGUUACUCCUGGCUCUGCACUCAAAUUACUCCUGGCGGUGCUCAGGGGACCAUAUGGGAUGCUGGGAAUCGAACCCAGGUCGGCCACGUGCCUACCCACUGUGCUAUCGCUCCAGCCCCCUCAUUAAGAGAUUUUUACAUUUCUUGAACAAGUCAUUCUUAACUUGCUAUUUUAUCUCUUUUUGAACUCUUAUCCUAUGCAUUCCCUACAAUUGCAUGGUAUGAAAAGCAGAUAUUUAGUUUCAGAUAGAAAGGAAUUAUACUCAGGAUGAAUACUAUUGACUACAGUUUCACCCAUAAUUAAUUUAGAAAUUUUAAAUGAUUAAUUUGAUGAAUGUAUGAAGUACUCAGUUGAUAAAUAAUAAAAAACAAAUAGUGUUUUAAUUAAUUUUAUAUGAAUCUCAUUUCAUUUGGUUUGGGGGCCACACAGAGUGGACAUGAAUCUUUGGGAAACAGUGUACUAUGUAGGGAUAAUAUAAUAAUAGCCCCUAUAAAAUAUCCCAAGAUAUCCCAAUAUCCCAAAAUAUCUCUUGGGAUAUUUUAAGAGAGUCUCUUGCCCACACUCCUGGCUGUCUUCCCCGGGGCCCCUUGGAGGGGAUGGGCUCCAGCUUCCCUCCCCGCCCUGAGCAGAGCUCCCGGCGGCCAAAGACCACCGGAACCUAGCCACAGCCAUGCUCAAGGCCCUUCUCCACACGUUCGAACAAGCCUCACGCAUGAAGGUACCGGCAGAGGAACCCAGGUGUGUGUAAUCCCAUCAACGGCCAACAUCUAGAAACUUAAAAGCAAUCUCCCAGAAGUGAUGUCUUAUAGCCAACUUCUCCCUCUGGGAGAAACUAGCAAGCUACUGAGAGUUUCCUGCCACAUAGGAGAGCCUCGCAAGCUUCCCAUGGUGUAUCCAUAUACCAAAGCCAGUAACAAGCUGGAUCUCAUUCCCCUGACCCUGAAAGAACCUCCAAUGCGGCAUCGUUGGGAAGGCCGAGUAGAGAGAGGCUUCUAAAAUCUCAGGGAUAGGAUGAAUGGAGAGGUUACUGAGACCGCUUGAGAAAUUCAACGAUCAACAGGAUUUCGUGACAUCGUGACAUAAAAUAUCCAUGUUCUGAUAUCUGGAACAUGUGAAUAUCUUUGGCCACUUUCCUUUUUUUUCUUUUUGAGUCAGACCUGGUGAUGCACAGGGGUUACUCCUGGCUCUGCACUCAGGAAUUACUCCUGGCAGUGCUCAGGAGACCACAUGGGAUGCUGAGAAUCGAACCUAGGUGGGCCUCAAGCAAGGCAAAUGCCCUACUCACUGUGCUAUUGCUCCAGCCCCCCACUUUCCAUUUUAUUAACCAUAAUUAUUGAGUUAAAAAAGUCAAACUGCAACCAUCAAAGUUCUAUAUGCUAACUCUAAUAAGAGAAAUAAUUCCUCAUUUUAUUAUGCAAGCAUUAAGCUACUGCAAAAACUUUACUUCCUCUCAUUCUUUAUGUUGCAUGAUUUAAAUAAACCGCCAUUGUAUUAAGCAACAAUUAAGUAGUUGGUUUUUUAUUAUGGAAAAAUAAUGCAAUACACACUGAUAUAUCUUUUCCCCCUACCAUAGGAGUGAUUUACACAGUUGUAUAAGUGUUACAUAGAAAUGCUUACCAAAUAGUACUUUUGCUUUCCCUUAGGGCAAUACUCUGAGCUACUGUGAAUGACUUUUCUUUAUUAAGUCAUGUCUGCAUUUUCUAAUACCAAUUUACAAAGCUAAUUCAACUUUCCAAGAAAUAUUUCUGGCUAGCAACCCCAAAAUUUGAGUUUUUGUGUCUGGUGAGCUAACAUAUACCUGAAAUUUAAAAUCUUCACUAUGGCAUCCUCAUAAGAUGACUAAUGUUUCUACAGCAGUUUUUCCUCUCAGGCAGAGAAACAAUAGGGUCACGAUUUUUUAUAAUGACUGUAAAUUCUGAAAAUACUCCUAGAUCAGCAAUCCACAUGUCUUAAUAGAAUAUACUUGGUAUAAUGAUACAAAACUUUCUACAAUUUUUCUACAUAUGGAGAUGUGUGUUAAGAAACAGCCCGAUAUCCCAAUUUGACAGUAUUUAAUAUUCCUUUCCUAAAAUUACUUCUAAUAGUACUUCUAGUAAUAGUAAAAAUAAGAAUUUAAGUUCAUUUCCAAUUUAUGGGGAUUUUUUGACUAAUCUGGACUAUCUUAGAAAGAGCAUUACUUCCAAUUUAUAAACAGUCAUAAAAAUUAAAACAUCAUAUGAUAUAAAUGGUUAUGCCUCAAAUUUAAAACUCAAAGUUGUACCCAGAGUUUUUUGUAUGAGUGUAUAUUUGAGCAUAUGUGGGGAGGUAACUUUAGUUGAUGGUGAAGCUGCACUAUGUGCAAGGUGUAUAUGCCAGAAUAAUAGUACUUUUUCACAUUGUAAACAUGUUUUUCUUUAAUGCAUAAAUAUAAUAAAACUUGUCAUUAGUAAUAUAUAUAGAAGACUGUAUUUGUAAACUAAAUAACUCCUCUGUAAAUUUAACAAUGCUACCAUUACUGGAUCCAGAAGUUUGGUAUUUGUCUUGUUCCAAAGGAGUAUCUCAAAAGAAGAAACUAAUUUUUUUCUCAUGAGAUCAAGAAACAAUAUUAAUGACAUAAGAAUGUGACAGGGCAGGAAUUAGGGUGAGCCAAGCUAUUCAGGGGUGGAACCUGAUGUCAUCUCAAUUUUUAUAUAUAAUUAUAUGUUAUAUAAAUUUAUAUGUAAAGUUGAUCAUAGAUAUCAAAUUUGAAUUUUAAAAAUUUGUUAAAUAAUUACAUUUACUUCUAAGUUUUGGGUUGAUUCAUCAAAAUUGUAUUUUAAACAAAUGAACUUACCCUAGACUUGCUCUUAUUAGUUGUUCCCAUCUUAUAAUUCAGUUAGCCAGUACAACUGUAGUGAUAAUGGUCACAGUUGAAAUAUGAACUGUGGAAUCUGCAUCAUCUCUCUCCAUUCCAAACAUGGAAUAAUAUAAGCAACAGAAGAAUACAAAGAUAAUCCAACGAACUGGAGUCCUAAAGACUGGGAAUGGAAUAGCAGCUGUGACUGGCCAGGAAAAGUUUUCAUAUUUUUAUUCUAGGUGCUGUACAACAGUGUGAAAAACACUAUGUCAGCUCAAUUCAACUGCUAAUACAUUGUUGAGAUUUUUUUGUAUCUAUGUUCAUGACAUAUUUGGUCUUUAGAUUUUGUUUUUAUUUUAACUUGUUUUAAUUUCAUGAUUAUACUUUUAUAUCUCAUUAUAAUCAGCUGCCUGGUUUCUCUUCUUUUUGGAAAAAGUCUAUAAUUUAAAAUAAAAAUUAGUCUUUACAUAUUUGAUAGAAAUUACCAGAUAAGACAUCAGUGAUUAACAUUUUUGUGAGAUUUCAAAUUUAAAACUCAACUACUUAAAUCAAUAUGUUGUGAUUCCACCUUUCUAUAUCCUCUUGUGUUUCCUGCUAACUGUGUGAGUUUUUUUUCGGUAGGGUACUUCCCAGGGCUUCUUGGUGUUAAAGGACUGUGUGCCUGAAGAACCAGUGCUUAACUGGAAAUAUACAGUACUGCUCAAACUCAAAUGGGAGAAACCUGGGUCAGCUUGCACAUGAUUGGGAAGUUAGCUCUGCAGUGCUGAGGGUGGAGCUCUGUAUCUAAUGAAUGUCUUGCAUGCACUCCACCUCAUUGACCUAUAUACUUCAGCCUAUCAACUUGAAUUUUUAUUAAAAGGUUAAAUUUAUCAGCUUGAAGUUAUUGAUAAUUAUUUUAUAAUCUUUUCAAUAUAUUUAGGAUUAUUAGUGUUGCCUUUCUUUCUCGAUAUUAGUAAAUGUUUUCUCUGUUUAUUAUCAGUACUACCGUAAGAGUAUCAGUUUUUUCAACUUAAAAAAUUCUUGCAUUUUCCUGUUACUUUGGUUUUGAUAUAAAUUAUUUCCUCCCCUAUAGCUUUAUUUCCUUUCUUAUGCAUACUUUGGGUUUGAUUUUUUCUUUCAAGUUUUCCAGAGAAAGACUUUCUUUCCAAAAUUACAGUAAAUAUAUAUAAAGAUGUGAAGCCAUUAAAAUUCUUUCAAUGCAGUCAUUAGAAUGCAUUUUAUGAAUAUUGAUAUUCUAUCAUUUAAUUAACAUUCUGUUUGAAUUUACCAUAAUUUUCCUCCUGGCUUCUUCUUUGAUCCAUUGGCUAGCUGUCUUGCUUAAUUGACAUUUUUUAACUAGAAUUUAUUGUUUAAUUUUUAAAUAUUCAGGAACUUUAUUAUCCCUAGAGAUAUUUAUCUAAAUAGUUUUAUUUUGGUUUGAAAAUACAGUGUAUAACCUGACUUAUUUUAAAUUCACCAAGUUCUUUUAUUCGGAUUAUCCAUUAUAUAAACUAUUUUGUUAAGAUUUCCAUGAGUUCUUAAAAUACAUGUGUUUUACAGUCAUUGUGUAUAAUGGUCUAUAAAUAUUAAAUCAAAU